AUGGUGUGCAAGUACUUUGCUGCUGCUGCUGCGCUUUCCAGUAGAUCAGCAGCAGCAGCAGCAGCAGCAGCAGCAGGAAGGCCUGCCGCCGCAGCAGCGACCGCAGCAGCACCCCACAGAUUUCCUCUGCAGCAGCAGCAGCAGCAGCUGUUGCUGCUGCUGAAGCAGCAGCAGCAGCAACAGCUGCAACGCAGCAAUCUCCGAGCAACUGCCUCCCGCUGCUUCUCAACUACUUCUGAGGGGGCAGCAGCAAAGCAGCAGCAGGUCAAGGAUAAUAAUGCUGCAGCGGAUCCCCCUUCACCCAACAGCAACAACAGCAGCAGCAGCAGCACGAACAGCAGCAGCAGCAAGUUUGAGGGUUUAUGGAGGCCCCUGCUGCUAACAGCAGGCGCACUCGGCGUUGGGGGUAUCUCUUGGGCCCUACUAAAAGGAGACAGUCCCCUCAGGCUUCCCUCAUCUGCUGCGCGCAGCAGCAGCAACAGCAGCAGCAGCAGCAGCAGCAGCGGGGUAGAGGAGGAGGGCCCCUUGUCUGGGUGGCAGCGCAUGCAAGAUAAGUUUUUUGAUUGUACAGAUAAUUUUGUUGUUCUCUUUCUAAACUCUUCACAGGAGAUAGAGCCCCAGGGGCCCCUCAUCAAUAACCUUAAAGGCCGACUUGCUGCUGCAGUGCAGCAGCAAAUGCUGCCUGCAGAUCUCUCUCUCUUCUAUGCAUUCAGGAACGGGGAGAAUGAAGAGGGGCCCCCGCUUACUGGGGGCCCCGCGUUGAUGCUUUAUAAGGGUCAGAGGAAGAAGAGACUGUCUCUAGACCCGCAGCAACCAGACGUAUUUGAGAGCAGCAGCAACAGCAGCAGCAGCAGUAGCAGCAGCAGUAGCAGCAGCAGUAGCAGCAGCAGCAGCAACGACAGCGAAGCGGCAACUCUUGACGUGCUGCUGGAGACCCAUGUUAUGCCCGAGCUGCAUGCGUUCUUCCAGCCUCAAAGUGAGGAGCAGCAGCCGCAGCAGCAGCAACAGCAGCAGCAACAGGAGGAGCAGCAGCAGCAGCAUCACAUAGAAGAACUAAACAAAUUGCUGGCAGCAAAGGGUCUCCCCACAGUGGUUACUGGUGCGCGCCACACCGACAUUUGUGUUCUAUACAAAGUAAGCAGCAGCAGCAGCAGCAGCAGCAGCAGCAGCAGCAGCAGCAGCAACAGCAGCAGCAGUAGUAGUAGUAGUAGUAGUAGUAGUAGUAGCAGCAGCAGCAGCGGAAAGGGCAGCAGCAGACAGACUAACACCAGAAAGAACAGCAGCAGCAGAAGUAGCAACAGCAGCAGCAGCAGCACCAGAUAUGCCAGCAGCAGCGGGAGAAGCAGCAGAACGAGCAGCAGCAGAGAGAGCAGCAGCAGAAAGAACAGCCGCAGCAGAAGUAGCAGCCACAGAAGCAACACAACAACAGCAAGACGAAGAGUAGAAGCGGAUGGCUCUGAACGAUGGGAGGAGUUCAGGCCGAAGGAUGUCGCAGCCAAAAUGAUAAAGGAGCUGUCGCUGUCUGAAGACUUGAAGCAGCAGCUAGAAGACCUUGCGGGGCAGCUGCAGGAUCGCUUUCGGUGGUUUGGCCUCCUCUCUAUCUGGUUGGUAGAGCUUCAGAAGCUGCAGGACAUGCUGCUCAAGCAGCAGCUGGAGACGAUCCCAGAGGAGACGAUCGUAGAGGAGAUGAUCCCAGGGGAGACGAUCCCAGGGGAGACGAUCCCAGAGGAGACGAUCCCAGAGGAGACGAUCCCAAGGGAGACGAUCCCACAGGAGACGACCCCACAGGAGACAACCCCACAGGAGGUGGUUGUAGAUGAAGCAAAAGCAAAGAAGGCAGCGGAAGACCGCCAGUUCGAGGAGUUAGUAACCCUUCUUAUGGAAGAGGAUAUGCAGCGCACAGACAAUUUGGAGGAGAGCUUAGAACACCUCAAGAAUGAAGCAAACGGAGUUAAGGCAGACUGCAUUGCUCUCGCUAUUAUGAUGGGAGAGGAUUUGCUAAGGCGUGAAGUGGAGACGAUGGGCCGAGCCCUCCUCGCUGCAGAGGAGGAGGCAGCUAGGGCAACCAGCUAA